AGCCUUUCCCUCGUCUGAAACAGAAACUGUUCUAUCUAUCCAGUUAAAUCUCUUUCAAUUACCGAGAAUUGGAAAUGAAAGUAUUAUAAAACGUGCUAAUUUUUUGUAAUCGCUUUUACUUAAAUUAGUUUUUCUUUAUUAAACAAAUAGUAUCGUACAGUAGAUUACUGUUUUAGUUUUAUUCGGAAAGUGUGACCGAAUUGUUUGAGUUAUGAAACAGGAAAGUUCGUUAUGUAGUCGGGCGAUGGUAAAGUGUUAAUAAUUUGGAAUAUUGAUGUGAAAUGAAUGUGAAAACUGAAAAUGAGACUGCUAUUAGUGAUGUCACUUAUCUCAACAUUAGAAGCUCUCCAUUGUGACAAAGAGUUUAAUUUCAUCGACUCAGUGUACGAGAAAGGCUAUGACAUCAUUUGCCAAGGACUCACCAACAAUUACACAACGCUCCUAAGUGACAUUCACAUCAACUACGAAAUAAGUCUAACCAUGGAAAACUGUACUUUGACAGGAGUCAGCUCAGAUCUCUUCAAAAACGUGGAUAACAUCAAACGCUUAAGUAUAUCGAACUCAACUUUCUCGUUUCCUCCAACUGAACGCAUCUUCGAACAUGUCAACCAAUUGGAGGAGCUGGUUGUGAUAAAUACGAGGUUCAAACCUAGUGCAACUUUCAUGGCAGAUUUACCAAAUUUAACUAAGUUAACAUUAAGACAGAAUAGUUUAAAUAGUUUAGAAAAAAACUCUUUCAACGAGCUUGCAAAACUACAACGUUUACAAAUAACACAGAAUAAUCUAGUAGAUAUAAGCAAUUUAUUUUUAUGUGGUAACAAAUAUUUAAAAUCGUUAAAUUUUUCUGACAACAAUAUAGAGCACAUGGGUGAAGUGUUCUUUUGCGAAGAUCAAGUAACUGAACCAGUGUUUUCAGUCAAUAGUGCUAAACGAUCUGUAGGAGCUAGCUUCACGUACUGGAGGCCAAGUGUCACAUUCACAGAUCUCUACGAAAUUGAUUUUAGUCACAACAAUAUUGAAUACUUAAGCAAUUCAUUUGCCUUUUUAAAAUCCUUAAAGGUAAUAAAGCUACAAGGGAAUAAAAUAACCAAAUUAAACAGUUCGCACUUUUCUUUUUUGGAUUAUUUAGAGGAGCUGAAAAUUCAUGAUAACGCUAUAAACAGUAUAGAGGAUGAUUUAUUUAAUGGUAAGAGUUAUUUGGAGAAGCUUGAUUUGUCCAAUAAUAAAGUCAGUCAGCUCAAUUUGCAGUAUUUUAAUAGUCUUAAAUCCUUAAAUUUAGGAAACAACGAAUUUGAUAUAAAGUAUCUUUUAAGCAUUAACACCACAAACGUAUUAAAAACGUUAAAGUUAUAUAAUAAUAAUAUAACAAUCAUACCCCCUAACACAUUCACUUAUUACGCUUACUUAAAACACUUGGAUCUGAGUAACAACCAUAUUAAACUAGUGGAUUUAUCAUUCCACGGGCUUACAAAUUUAACCCAUCUAGAAAUUAGAAACAACAGUAUUGUAGCUAUUCCAAAAAACGUUUUUAAAACCUUAAAAAACCUGAAGAUUUUAGACAUUUCCCAAAACCAACUAAGUGUUAUCCAAAAUAAUAAUAUUUUUGUUGACCAACAAAAUUUAGAAAUUUUAAAUCUCUCACGUAACUCCCUAACGGAACUAAAUUACACGGUUUUUAAAAACCUAAAGAAUCUAAACACCCUUGAUGUAACAUACAAUAAGUUACAUGCUAUUGAGUACGACAAACUUAUGACCAGUUUACCAUCACUGAUUUUGUUAGAUGUCAAGUUUAAUGACUUAUCCUGUGCUCUGUUGUCCAAAUUAGUGGACUAUUUGAAGUUUAAAAAUGUGUCGUACACUCUACAAAAGAACGAGAUAACAGAUAAGAUGAAUAUUGGAGGAAUAUUCUGUAGAGAUGAAGAAGCUGGUGCGUUAAGUCGUCCAAAGGAAACUCACGUAAUGUUUAACAUUUCUUUGGGCCUGGUUAUUAUUCUUCUUGUGGUCGUUUUGGGAAUUGUCGCUUUCAAAGUUCAUAUUUAUUUGAAACGAAGAAACUAUAUGGCUGAUGAGUUUGAGUUGGUGGAGGACUGACGAAAGUAAAAGAAAAUAAUAAGUCGAAAAGAGUUAUUCAGGUUCGUAGCAAAUGUGGUCAAUAUUUCUCUCUCACAUAUAUUUUACUUAUAGUUUUAACUAUUCUUUGUUGCCAGGUUUAUCUUGGGCGUCUUUUUUUAUUUCUUCUCUAUUCAUAUUAUUCGCCCAGUUUGUUUAAAUAUCUGUUCCACAUGAAUUGUCUGACAUAAAUCAUCAAUAACAAUUCUUUUUCUAGAACUUUUUAAAAUACUUCUUCUUCUUCUUCUUCUUCUUCUUCUUCUUCUUCUUCUUCUCUAAGAAAUCUACUUUGUGAUUGAUGGACCCUACCUCUAAGGAAGGUUGUCGGUCUAACUUUUCCGCGUUUUUUUAAACUUCUAUAUUUUUGUGAUUUAUCUCUUGUUCUCUUAUCACUCUAGUCUUCUACAUUCUCAUCAUGUUUUUUCUCCGAAUGCUGUCUGUUAUUAACCGGUUAUACCAGGUGACUUGUUUUCCAUCUUUCAUUUAUUCAUGAUACCCAUUACAGAAUUUUGAAACCCUAUAUUAGCUUAUUAAGAGAGGAGUAGGACGCAAACUAAUAUCAUGACUACAUAAUAUAAAGAACUGGAUAGGCAUAAAUAACACUGGAGUACUUUUGCAUUCCGCAUAAGACACAAGUCUGACCUUAAGAUGGUACGUCAACGGCACUACAAGAAAAAGUACUAGCUUAUACAGGUCUAGUAAAUAGGUACAAGAUGUUUUUAGAGUUACUUGGUAGUCUCUAAAAAGUGUUUGUCGCCUGCGAUCUAGUGACUUAUAAUCCUACAGGAUGUCAUUGAUUAUUUCAAAUUAUUUGUUGAAUAGUCUGUAUCUUAAGUCUCCAUGAAAUAGCCUCGUUGCGUGCAGGUGUAUCUUGACUGGCACAUGCCCAGUAAGGAAGCUUCUAAUCUAAGUACUUUAGCCCUGUUAGCGCUUGCCCAUCCAAUAUACAUUUUGCAAUGUAUUUUACCAAAGACCUAGAGCAAGCCUACAGAAGAUGUUUAAGAAAUGACGCCAAUAUUGUUUUAGGUAACAUAUGGACAGAAUGCAACAAUAGGACAAAAGUGAGUUUUCGUGCUCACUAUGUGCAAUGUGCAAAAGCUGAAAGAUGCAACAAUUGCAGAACGGUACUCACAAUACAUUACAAAAAGGCUAGGGAUAAAAAUGUUAAUGAAGAAGACAAAAAGAUCUAGGCUCCUACUAGCAAAAUAUAAAAAAAUAUUGAAGGGACAGCCAAAGAUAAAGUAGGAAUAGAAAAUUGUGCCUGUUAAAAUCAUUGAUUUGAGGAUGAAUGCAAGAAUGCAACAAAAAUAAAGAAAAGAAGAAAUAUAUAUAAUAAUAAAGAAGAAAAUAAAGACUACAAAAAGAGGCUUGCCGAUGAACUAGAAUAACUGUAGAAAAUUACCAGAAAAAGAAAAGACAUGGAAAGAGGGUACACAAAAAAAACAUUAAACCAAUUAAGUAAUGAACUUAAAUAUAUAGAAAAUAUUAACAGAGAGAAAUAAUUCAAAGAACUUAGAGCAUUCCAUAAAAAAGUUAACAUCAACCGAAAAUAAUUCAAAGCAACCACAAGCCAAUGCAGAAGAAGAAAAUAUGUAUUGAAUAGAUGGGUGGAAUACUUUAACUAGGCACUAAAUAUAGAGAGAGAAGAAGAAAACCUGAAAGAUGAAAGAUACGAGGUAAGGGAAGAGGAACCAGCAACGAUUUUUGGAGUUAAAGAUGUAGUUAAGAAACUAGCCAGAAAUAAAUCACUCAGAAUAGAUAAUCUUUCAGCUGAAUUAUAUACAGAAGGUGGCGAUGAUACUAUAAUACCACUACAGCAGCUGAUAAAAGACAUAUGGACACACAAAUUCUUUCUCAGUGACUGAAAUUUAAAUGGAGCAUAUAAAAUAUUUUCCACAAUACUAUGCAUACGCUGAACGAAUAGUAAGAAAAUACCAAGUUGCUUUCCGAGGUGGUAAACCGACAAUUCAUCAGAUUGCAACCCUAAGACAAAUUAAAAAAAAACACUGAAAUAUGACGAAGAUACUCAUCACAUAUUUAAAGACUACAAAGCAA